AUUAUCUGUCUUAAUUCCUUACUUAAAUUCCCUCUCUCUCGCCUCGCCCACACUUUUUAUUCAGUCGCUGCUUCGUCUUUCUUCCUCCCUUCCUUCCUCUGUUUGAACUUUUGAACAAUUCGUCAGAAAAAAAUCCGCUGCAGCGACCAUGUCCCCGACGCUCUGCUCGCAAGGCGCCGUCGUCGCCACCGCCAUGGCCGUCUCCGGCACAUUCAUCCUCCUCGCCCUCCGCCUCCAGAAAUCCAUCCCCGUCGCCGCUCAAUUCUCCGUCCAACACCAAAAUCGCCGGCCAAUCGUUCUCCACCAGUCGCGAUCUCUGCGAUCCUGCAUCUCUUCCGACGGGAAGAAGAGCGAGAAGAGUAAGAAGAAGAAGAACAAGAAGGUUCGCUUCGCGGAGGACGUGGUGGAGCCGAGGGGGAACGGGGAUGAGUUCAGGAGGCACUGCGAAGCCAUUGCUGCCGCCAAGAUGAACGCCUCGUCGUCGCCGAAGAGAUGUUGCGGCGAUGUUUCUCCGCCGGAGCAGGGGAGGGGAAUGCCGGAGAACAGACGGGCUCUCUACUCCGGGAUACUGAGGGAUCGAGGGAUUCAACGAUUGACUUACUCUUGCUGAUUUCGAUGCUCCGAUUCCUUCAAGCUCUGUGCAUAAUUCAAUCCGUUUUUUUUUUUUUUUAACUUUGUGUGCCCCCAAAAAAAAUUUCGAAGGGAUUCCUCUGAUUCUUUUCAUUACAGGGGGGAAAGUGUGGGGCCCACAUCCCAACAGACGGUAACUUCGUAACUGUAAUUUUUUCCGUCCCCGUUGGUAAAUUUGAAGAGGAAGGGAUGUUUUUAGUUCUUACUGUGUUUUUUUUUUUACCGAGUUCAGAUGAAGUUAAAGUUGGAAACAGAUGGGGAUUAGUUUGAUCGUUGUAAAA